AUGGGGAGCCGGUAUUACGGCGGCCUCGGGCCCAUGGUCAACGCCGUGUUAUGGGUGCACGUCGUCGUCUUCGCCGUCUUCGUCGGUCUCCGCCUCUACACGCGCAUCUCGGUCUUGAACGCCGUCGGCGCCGACGACUACCUCAUCAUCGUUGCCCUAGCCCUCCAGGUCGUCUACACCAUCUUCGUUACCGUCGCGACGCAGUACGGGCUCGGGCAGCACUUUGCCGAGGUUGGCAACCCCGAGGCCUACUCGACGGCCGUCAUGUACGAGGUCUUCAGCCAGGUCGCUGGGCUGAUGGUCAUUGGCGUCGGCAAGCUGGCCGUCGGCGUCUUCCUGCUGCGCAUCGUCAUGGUCCGCGUCCAGAUCUUCAUCAUAUGGCUGUUCCUGAGCUUCACCGUCUUCAUCACCCUCUUCGCCAGCAUCACCGUCGUCGUCCAGUGCAUCCCGGUGCAGAAGACGUGGAACCCCACCGUCCCUGGCCACUGCUGGCUUGAUUUCUCAAAGGUCGGUUUGACUGUCGGAUCUUGGUUUGUCGUCGCUGACUUUGGCUUCGCCAUUCUGCCCUGGUUCGUCGUCUGGAACCUCAACAUGAAGCGCAAAGAGAAGCUGCUCGUCGCCUGCGGCCUAAGUCUCGGUGUCAUUGCCGGUGCCUGCGGUAUCGUCCGCACAGUGGCUCUUAACGGCUUGAACACGGCAGAGUACAUCUACGAUACGGUGCCGAUGCUCCUCUGGUCCGCGACCGAAAGUACCGUUACCAUCAUGUGCUCGUCGAUCCCCGUUCUGCGGCCGCUGUACGUGAAGGUGCGGUAUGGAAGCAAGGGUGAUAGCAGCACGGGCGGCAACAACAGCGGAUACAAGUUGCCAAUGUAUGGCAACCACAGCAACCACAAGUACGCGCUGAGGUCGGAGCCCGGCCUGGAUCCAAAAGUCGUCCCAGCCGGCACCAGCCAUCGGACCGUCAUCACCUUCAACGCCGACAACAACGCGAGUGAUGAGAGCAUCCUGCGCGACGUCAGGGUCGAGGACACCAACGGGACAGGCGGCAGGAUCAAGAGGACGGACCAGGUCCAGGUCAGCUACGAGAUGUCGACGAAGGAGGGCCUCUAA